AUGUCUGCCCCAGACGUUGACAUAAUCAGCGACAUCGCGCCCGGUCUCAACCCUGUGACCGCCUUGCACUUUGGCAGGGUUCAGGUGAUGCUGUUCAGGUCCCAUCUGGCCGAUUUCGCCGAGGAGGAUCUUGUCUACGCAAUGGAAAACGCAGCCGACGUACUUGGCGAAGAGGCUUGCCUCAUGGUUGCCCCUAAUGAGACAAGUGUCGCAAUCUGCACGUUCCCAGUUGGCCUCAUGAUGAUGGAAUGGGGAAACUGGGACAUACUCACAGGGAAUGCCUUCUCGAGACACUCUUGCUUGUGCAUCUGUAAUGCUCAACAACGUAACCAAGACGGAUGCCAAAACAAAAACAACCCAGACAUUCUCGCCUGA